AUGCUCACCUUCGCUCUUCUCGCGACGCCCUCAACCGCCGCCUCUCGCCCCCGUCCGCGGCGCGGGGGUGCACUCACCGACACGCGCAACCGCACCGACUUCAGCAUCAAGCUCGAGACCGACGCGCCGACGCUCGCCCUCGCGGCGUCUGCCUCGCGCAAACCCGACAAGGCCGCGGAGCUCCUGCUCCACCAAGACGUCCUCGGGGGUGGGGGGGCGCUGUUCGGUGCCCGUCCGGACGAUCCGAUCAAGGCCUCGGGCUCCACGAGCAGCGAGACGAGCCUCAAGACCGCCGCGGCCCACUCGAAGAGCGAGGCCGACGAGACGGACACAAAGGCGGACUGCACGACCACCACGGCCCACUCCAAGAUCGAGACCGGGAUCGGUAAGACCUACCCGCCUACCUCCAUGAAGCUCAACAUCGGCGCCUACGCCGAGCUCGCCUCCUUUGGCGAGGCUACCGGCGCGACCAAGAUCGGCGACCCCUCACUCGAGGAGAGCUUCACGACCGCCACGGCCCUCCCAGAGAUCGAUGUGGCCUCGCUGCUCUUUCUCCACCCUUGUGCGGCCGUGCUGGCGCUGCUCCUCGCGGCGUUCCUUGAGCCGCUGCUGCGUGGGCAGGUCAAGAAGACGAGGGUGGAGGGCCGCAGCCACGCAGCGGUCUCCGUACCCUUGCUCGCCAGCAAACGUGCUCUCCGAGUCGGCAUUGUGAUCCUCUUCUUCCUGCAGGGCGUAUGCGGCACACCAGCGGCAUCGCUCCAGCCCGUCAAUGUCAGCAGCCCGUGCUCGCUCACCGACGGCGGCUCGUGCGCCGCGUCGCCAAACUACCCGAACAGCUACGGCAACAGCGAGGAGUGCACCAUCAGCGGCGUGCCGCCGGUCGAGCUGGAGACGGUCGCCUUUGAUGUGGAGGCGGACAGCAACUGCCGCUGGGACUACCUCACCGUCAACGGCAUAACGUACUGCGGCACCUCGGGGCCGAGUGGCGCGGUGGCGGAGGACGGCGUCAUCGAGUGGCGAUCGGAUGGCGGCGUAGUCAAGUCGGGCUGGAAGGCGCGCCCCUGCUACGGCAACAGCGAGGAGUGCACCAUCAGCGGCGUGCCGACGGUCGAGCUGGAGACGGUCGCCUUUGAUGUGGAGGCGCACAGCAGCUGCAGCUGGGACUAUCUCACCGUCAACGGCAUAACGUACUGCGGCACCUCGGGGCCGAGUGGCGCGGUGGCGGAGGACGGCGUUAUCGAGUGGCGAUCGGAUGGCAGCGACCAGCUCCGCAACCUGAUCGAGGAGCCGACGUCUGCCGACGUCUCCAUCUACCUGCCGCCCAGUGCGCACUUCAAGCUGAGCAGCCAGAUCAGCUGCACCUCCACCAUCAAAGUGACCGUCGCGAGCAGCGGCGAGGGCGCGACGCUCGACGGCAAGCGAGAGACCAGGCUCUUUUUCCUCUCGGGCGGCUGCAGCCUCACCCUGCGGGGGCUGACCCUCGUCAACGGGAGGGCGGACGAAGGUAGCGGCGGCGUUGUGGCCGCGGACGGCGCAGGCGACGUCGAGAUCAUCGAGUCGACCGUCAGGGACUGCUCGGCUGAGUAUGACGGCGGCGUCGUCUACGCGAAGGGCAGCGGUGCGGUCUCGAUAACCAGCUCGAACGUGUCGGGCUGCUCUGCUCGCCUGUCCGGCGGCGUCGUCGACGCGAAUGCGAACAGCGGUGCGGUCUCGAUAAUCGGCUCGACCGUGUCGGGCUGCUCGGCUGGCUGGUCCGGCGGCGUCGUCGACGCGUAUAACAGCGAGUCCCUCUCCAUCGCGGGUGUCGACUUCAUCAACAACUCGGCUUCAACAGGCUCGGUGCUGUACCUGCACAACCACGAACAAACCUCCAUCAGCAACGCCUCCUUCACUGGCAACGACGGUGUCACGAUCCAGACUCUCAACUCGGAGAUCGACUGGGUAUGCCGCUUGGGCAGCUGGAUGCCGACCAAGGGCGCCUUUGAGGGCGACUUCAGUGUCCCCGAGCGGGCCGCCCGCAUCGAGUCCGCGGUCGGCCUGCAGCCCAAGUUCAAGGUCGUCGUCAGUUUCUACCAGGUGAGCAUCACCCUCGGCCUCGUCUACGGCGUCCGCCUCGACGAGCACUUUACCCGCUGGCUCGACGUGCUCAAGCUGUUCAGCCUGGACCUGUUCGGCGUCGCCAUCCCCGGCAGCUGCAUCGGAGCCAUGAGCACGCGGCUGCUCGUCGCGGGCACCUGGCCGUACGCCGCUGUCGCCUUCGUGUCGCUCGCCAUUGUGGUGGCGGCGGCGGUCCUCAACAACAAGCAGGCAUUCGACCGCCAGCUGCUCGGCCGCCUCCUUUACUGGGCGAUCUUCAUCUUCUACCUGGUGCUUCCCUCCGUCUCGCGCUCCAUCUUCAGCGCGAGGCUGUGCGAGUCCUUUCGCUACGACGACGCGACAGGCCAGCGCAUCAGCUUCCUGCUCGCCGACCCGUCGCUCACGUGCGACGCCGGCCCUACGUGGGACGACGAGACGAGCGGACUCGCGCCGUACUUUUGGGCCUUCUUCGCCCUCUGGCCCGUCCUUGUGCCGCUCGGCUUCUUGGCGCUGCUGCUCCGCGUCCGCAAGCCCGUGGCUGCGCAGCGCGCAACGCCGCUCUCUCGUGCGACGAGCUUCCUGUGGCGGGACUACUCUGGCCGCUUCCUCUUCUGGGAGGUGCUCGACCUGGUCCGCAAGAUCUUCCUCACCUCGAUGGUGCUCUUCAUCGACCAGGAUUACGGCUCCCGCAAGCUGCUGCGCACCGUGGUUGCCGCCAUCGUCUCGGCCAUGUUUCUCACCUGCCUAGCGCUCGCCCGACCCUACCGGCGCUCCGACGACCUCUGCCUCGCGUGCAUCGCCAACCUGCUCCUGACAUGCUGCUUCGCGUCGGGAGUAGUCAUCCAGCUGUGCGACAGCACCGCGUACGAAGACAUGUGCUACACCCUCGUUGGCUACACGACUUCUCGCGGCGCCACCACCUUCGUCGUCCUCCUCACCGCGGUCAUGCUCGCCAUCUCGCUAGCCGUCAUCGUUGUAUUGGCGGUCAGUGCUUCGAGGGCGAAGACCAUGCGGCUCGUCUCGUCGAAGCGGGAGCCGAUGCGCGACGGCAUCACCCUCGCCGACGGCCAGCAGUGGCACCUCUUCCUCAGCCACGUCUGGAGCACGGGCCAGGACGCCGUCGCCGUCAUCAAGAACGAGCUCCUGCAGUUCCUGCCCGGCUGCGAGAUCUUCCUCGACGUCGACGACCUCAAGAACAUCGGAGAGCUGGAGGCGUACAUUCGUCGCUCGCAGGUGGUGCUCUGCUUCCUGUCGCGGGGCUACCUGCGCUCGACGAACUGCCUGCGCGAGGUCCGCGCCGCGCUGGAGAUGGGCAAGCCGCUCGUGCUCGUCCACGAGGCAGACCCGGACAAGGGCGGAGGCACGCUCGCCGAGCUGCGAUCCGAGUGCCCCGAGGAGCUGCGGGCCGCCAUCUUUGACGCCGGCUGGCCGAUGGCGGUGUGGCAUCGGAUCGAGUCCUUCCAGCACGUCUCGCUCAAGGUCAUCGCCGAGGCGCUGCUGCUGAAGACGCCAAAGUUCGCGGGCGAGGACGAGCUGCCCCUGUGCAUCCCGGGCGAGGUCCGAGCCGACAACCUCGCCUUCCCCAAGCCGGUGGUUCUCUGGGCCUCGACUUUGAACGCCGGGGCGCGAGAUCUCGCCGAUGCGGUCGCGGCGGCCGUGGCUGGCGGCGUCUCGAUCACCGACGCAACGCCCUCGCGCCUCUCCUCGCUGCCUCGCUCGAGCCACAGCGGCGGAGAUGGCGAUGAGGCGACGCACAUGCUGCUCUACCUGAACAGGUCGACGUGGGCCGGCGAUGGCGCCGAGGCGCUCGGAGAGCAGGUGCGCGCCGCGCGCCGCGCCAGGCUGCCGAUCGUCAUGGCGCACGAGAACGACGCCGCCUGCGGCGGCUGCAUCUUUGGCCACUUUUUCGAGGUGACGCCACGCGACCUGAUUGCCGAUGGGCUGUACCACGACCUCGCCGUCGGCUGCCACGCGGGCCCGCACCGGCAGGUGUCGCUCGCCCUGCUCGCAACGGCGCUCGGCGCGACCAAGCAGACCGCCCAGUCGCGCGUGCGCCGCGCCACCGCGCUCCCGCUCUAG